AUGCAGCCUCGAUGGCUGCUGUUCUCGUCAGUAAUAACGUUGGUGUUGGCCGAAGAAGAAACAUGGCUGUCUGCUGUAAGUGCAAUACUAUUUGGACCAACACAGAACAACAUUGCUAUGAACACAUCUGAUCUACAAAUGCAUCCAUAUCCAUCAGUUACUGGUUAUCAGGCAGCUUUUCAUCACGAGUACCCAGACAUUGAGGAUAUUGUUGAUUCGAUUGGCAUCCUGGUCGAACAAAUCCGAUCCGAAGCCCAAAUGCUUAUAGUAAAAGUAGUUAUGCAUCUAUAA